UUACAUCUCACGGUCAUAAUCGUGUCGUCACUGAUGUCAUUUCGCGGAGCGUUUCCUACUUGACCCGUGACUAGAAACUCUCUGCUCUCUGUGUACUGAUCAUUUUCAAAACAGCUUUUAACAGCCGCACUAGUGAUAAUCCCCUCGUGAACACAGCUUCAACUGAAAAGUCACGGUGUUGUGGAUCGAUGAUGUCUCGGUUAAACCUUCCUUAUUACGCUGGCCACUUAUUUCUUCUAAUUAUCGUAACAGCGCCGACAUUAUUUUAUGUUUUUCGCCCGGAUCAUCCGCCCCACUCCGAUUUAUAUGAAUCUAAUUUCACAAGGACAAAUCAAACAUCUAGCAACAAAGAUAUUCCGCUUGAGUGCAACUCUCCCCUAAUCCCCGAUAACGAUACCGGCCAAUGUCGACCGCCGUGCGCCUGGACUUCACAGUCUUCUUUAACCCAGAAGGUGUACUAUGGCAUUGUUGUGAUCGGUCUGUGGUUGGUGGUUAUUGCAACAAUCAUCACACUCAUCACCUGGGCCAGCAUAGAAAGCCUCCGCAAGUUUCCUCACGUGUUACGUUUUCAUAUCAUUAUAUGCUGCAUUUUUCUUGCUUGCUUCAAAAUGAUUCCUGUGCGGAUAGGACUUGAGAAAGUUUUCUGUGGCGAACAGGCCUUUUGGCAGGCAGGAGGUCAUCCCUCGCUCUAUGCAGUAAUUCUAGGCGCGGGGUCUCAUUAUUUUAUUCUGGCACACUCGUUCUGGGCCAUGUGCUUUAUAGCGAAUACUUACGCCGUGAUCAUUCACGACAACCGAGCUGUCUUCAAACAUCCAAUCAAAAUUCAUCUGAUGCAGUCGGUGCUGAGCUGGCUGGUGCCUGCAUUCAUUGUGGCCGGAUGUCUUUACUUUGCUCCACCCGGCUACACGUUUCUCUUUAUGGAUCAUAUGUCUGCAGGUGCGCAGAGCAUUCAAAUGGCUUACUUCACCUUUACGCUACCCAUGCAAGUCACGAUAUAUGUGUCACUUCACCUACUCUGGUCCAUUGUGUGGCAUCUUAGAAAGGCACGCCUGGACGCGACCAAACGUGUUAUUCGCGCUAGAGAAGAGAAAGUUUCCAUGCGCCGAAUCGAACGUCAGUUUCUGAGCAUGGCUGUUGUAAUUCUGGUCGUAGCGGCAACUGUUACGUCGAUCAAUACUAUGACCUUCUACCGUACGGACAAAUUUGUGCAUGGUGCUGAGAUGUACUUUCAUUGUCUGCAGACUUCAAGUAAUUGCACUUCUCCCAGUUACUUUACGGUGCUUCCACUGAUCAAUUUAGUCGCCCCAGGCUUCCUCUGCCUGGCGUUCUUCUUCCUGUUACUGAUGAACAAAGAUUGCCGCCAGAUAUGGACGGGUUAUUUCGCUAAAUGCAAAAAGUGUUUCCAGCUAUGUGGAGAACCUUUGAGAAAACCUCGUGCCGACACAGAACUCAGUAAAGACUCAAGAUGUUCCUCAGUUCUCACUGUGUUGAGUCCAGAUCGCAGAGGAUCGGAGUUGUACGGCAGCCAAACAUUAGUUGAUCCUAAGAACAGAAUACUUCCAUCUUAUCCCUUGCCGCGAAGCGUUACCAGAUUAAAAACAGAAAGCGUAAUACUGGUAGGGAUAAAACCUAGAGCAUCCACGCUAAGUUUGCCAGUGAUGAUGAGUCCAAAAGUGACUAUUUCAAAUUCAACUUUCCAGGUCCCUCCAUCUCCAAAUGAGUUGGACCCACGAUCAAGAAGCAGUUCAGUACCUGUAAUUCUUCAACAAGAAUCAGAGACAGCUAGCACCGAGAAUAAACAAGGACGCGUAACCUCGCAUAUUCUCAGUACACUGUCACGAGAUUUGGAAGUUUCGAGGAGUAUGAACAGUGAGGAUUCUGAUGCAAAUAGCGAAACUGACAAAUUCAUCCCGAAAAGUGAAGAAACUUCUUCCCCGUCAUAACAAAUAAAACGAGAAGCUUAAAAUAACAAUCGUAGACGCUGAGGCUUCAAAAAAGAGAAAGGCCUUUCAAUUAUUUAAAUUUCAGUAGUUUAUGGGUGUACAUUACUGAAAACAAAAAUUUUAAAGUUAAUCACUGUUAUAUAUUUUCCGUUCACUUUAUCUUUGAGCAAAGCGAUUGAAAGUGGAUGCAAUUUAAUUUUCAACAGUAUUUCCUAUCGUUGAUAAAUUAAGUGUAGUUUGAGUGAAAUAUCGCGGCCUAACUUGUGUAUAGGAGAAGCUUUGAUAAUGAAAAAGACGUCGUCGCAUCGACGGUGAAGACAAUAAUGAUAAUGACCAAUAGCCACUUUUAAACGUUCAGUUCGUAACACGAAGCGCGAUAAAUGGGACGAUAGAGGCAGAGGAGUGAAAAAUC